GGCACAGAAAUACAUGCAAUGAGGAGUGAAACGUUACAACACCUCCCUUAUAAAUACCCUAACCCCACACAAGAAACCCCUCCUCCAUAUUACAAUCAAGAGAGGAAAAAAAAACAGAGAGAGAAAGAUCAAGAGCAUAUAAUCUAUAUAUACACACAGGCACGUCGCGAGUAAAUUUCACAAAACUACAUAGACUACGUGGAUCCGAUACUCCGAUCCCGACCCGGCCAUGAGAAGGCAAGGAGGCAACUGCGAGGUCAACUCCUCCAUCGCCCUCCUCCAGGAGAGGUUCAGGAACCUGCAGAAGGUGAGGGAGAUGAGGGAGGGGAGGGAGCAGCUGCUGCAGACGCCGCCGUCGCCGACGGCGACGGCGACGGCGAUAGCCGGUGCAACUACCACUGGUGCUGCUGCGUCAUCGUCCGGCGGCGAGCAGCCGAGGUGGUUCUCGCACCCGGAGCUGGUCCGGCCGUCGUCGAGGCCGGCGGCAGCACAGCGAGCCACCGCCGACGACGAUGCUGCCGCCGUUCGUCAGCCGCCGGCGGUGAGCGUUGGCAGGGCGGCAGCCAUGGUUUUGCAGAGCUCGGGGUGUAGGAGCGAUGUGGAGGUGGACACCUCGCUUCACUUGUGAAGAAGUGAAAAUUAAGUAGAUAGCUAGUAGUAGCUAGAUGCUUAUUUAGCUCGGCCGAAUUAAUCAUUUUUUCCCCCCUUUGAUCCUUCUAGUUCUUGUUUUUCUCUUGAUCGAUCACAUCUUGUAUGCGCUCGUGGAUGCUGUCGAAUUUGAAUUAAUUUGGUUCUAGUUCAUGUUGAUUAGAUGUUUAGAUGAGGGAGUGUCUAAGGUGUUGUAAAAUUAAAUUUCUCAAAAAGAUCUACUAUACAUACUAAGUACUAAUUAACUA